GCUUCAGUCGGAACCUCAUCCAUAUAUGUUUAAUAUGGCAUAUUCAAGUAGUCCGCACCGCGGACCAGUCGCCUCCAAAGUCUGGAAAGUUAUGAAUUAAUUUAAUAAUACACAUGUAAUCGUUAAUAUUUUUAUAAUAUCUGUGUCGUGAAAAAAAUUAUAAUGGAUGAAGCCUUUGCGCACUUGGAAGGAAAUAAACAAGGGGACGGAAAAAAGACAACUGUAGCCCCAGAUGGGGGUUGGGGCUAUGUUGUAUGUCUUGGUGUUGGAUUUACAUUUAUGCUUGGAUUCGGCUCUUCAAAUGCUUUUGGCAUACUUUUCAAUAGUUUUUUCAUGGAACAAGACGGUGCGAGUGGUCUUCCUCUAGUCAUAGGUGUAUAUAAUGGUGCCUUGUCAAUUGCAGGGUUUCUCAGCGGUAUAGCCCUUAAGAAGUAUUCGUUCAGACAAGUCGGUUUAGUCGGCGCUGGAUUGUUCGUCUUAGGAGAUAUACUGACAAUAUUUGUACAAAGGACAUAUCAACUAGUAUUCACAUUUGGAGUUAUACGAGGUGCUGGCUUUGGUGUUAUGAUACCAGUUAGUUUUACAGCAUUUAAUUGUUAUUUUACAAAGAAACGCACAGCCAUGAUGAGUGCGAACCAGACUAUGAGUAGUAUGGCUUCCAUCACGUUUCCAAUUCUUGUGACGUUUUUGCUAGCGGAAUAUGGCUUUCGGUGGACCCUUGCCUUAAUAAUGGCUAUAGAUCUUCAUUUGUUAUUCGCAAUGAUUGUGAUGCAUCCAGUUGAAUGGCAUAUGAUUCAAGCACCAGAAGUUAAAGAACUCUCAUCACUUUGUGACGUUAUCAGUGUUAAAAAUAAAUCCGAGUCCUUUGACGAAGCUGUUAUAAAAAUGUUGCCAGGUGAUGACGUCAUUGAGAUUAAGAAAUCACCUCUCCGGCACCAGUCGAUCCAGAAAAGUAUUAUAAAAAUAAUAUAUGACAACGUAGAACUUGAUCUCCUAAAGGAUCCGAAAUUCGUCAGUACCUUAGUAGGUCUAGGAUUUGCCUUCGUUUCAGACGUGACCUAUCUAGCCAUGGAACCGAUGCUCUUAUUCUCCUAUCAGUACUCUAAGAUGCAAGUCGCAACAUGUGUAAUGGCUGGGGCGAUCGCUGAUUUGGCAGCUCGAUUUUUCCUCGCUGUUUUCACUUAUUUCUACACAGUUGACAGUAGGAAAGUUUUCUUUGUGGGCACAUUUAUAACGAUGAUUUUACGAAUAGUUCUCAUACUGUCAGAUAAUAUAACGUAUGUCUUUGCGAUAACGAUAAUAUCUGGCCUCGUGAGAUGUUCUGUCCAAGUGCUAUUUCCACUUGUGCUGGUGACAGCUGCACCUGACAGAUUCCCGGCAGCUCUAGCCCUCCACAUACUAUUCUCUGGAUGCCUCAUGUUGAUGGCGGAUCCUAUGAUAGGUGUGAUAUACGAAGCAACGGGGAGUUACGUGAACUGUUUCAUAGCAAUGAGUUUUUGCUGUUUAGUGUGUAUUGUUCUGUGGACUGUUGAGUAUUUUGUGUAUCGUAAGAAAGCGUAAUGAUGUCAAAAAUUAGGACAUGAUUUUAAACUUUUGUAUUUGUGUAAUUUAAUAUUGUUUUGUUUUAAUCAUAGUUAUUGCAUGACCAAUAAAACAAAAACCUUUCUCGGGCUAAAUUAAUUCUUAUUAUGGCAACACUAAGUUUUUGUCACUUGGAUAUUGACAUUUAACACAUUCAGAGUCCAUUCCUUUAGACACGUGUUUCCCAACGUGGGGCCCUCGCCCCAUAGUGGGGGAAUUUGAUUUUCCUAGGAGCUACUCGAAAUUCAUUCAUAUUAUUUAGAAUUAAUCAUAUAAUAACCAAUCAUUUUUUUUCUAGUGAACUAUUAAAUGUUUAAAAUUGAAGAUUAUAUAUUGUUGGGCAUAAGCCCCACCUUAGCCUUUCUAAAAUUCUUCUAAAUUUCUAUAUAUUCGGUAUUAUAACUCUUAAAAAUCAUAAUAACAAAAAAUAAGAGCACGCACAAUGGAAUAGACACCACACCACACUGUUACAGAUGACAGUGACAGUCAAUAAUGACAUUUAAAAAAUGUUGCCAUUAUAAGAAAUUAGUUCUUAUAGUUUUCCGUAAUUCCGCAAAAACAGUACUGGCGUUGUUGCUUCAACGUUCGCCAAAAGCACCAAUGAACUUUCUGUCUGUGCAUUUAAGAUUCGCUAAUAAAGUAAAACAUCGUCAGGAAACUGGCAUGUUUGUAAUCCAAAAAUCGAUGACAUAUGUCAAACAAAAGGCUGUCAUCACCUUUUUGUCUAUGUCAAAAGACCAAACAAAGGGAUGCAAUCUGAGGUCAGAUUUAUUUUUAAAUAGUUUUCCGCAAUAUAGAGGGUUUUUUUUAUUGGUCUCGCUUUACACUAAGCCAUAUUAUUAUUUAAGUCAAUAACUUCAGUGAUUAUGUUAAGUCGAAUAUUGAACCUAUGUAUGAGGCUUCUAUAUAAUAGUGUUAUAUUCGUACAAUGCUAGUAUUAAGCAGUGGUGGAUUUACCAGCUGAGUAGGUUGGAGCCUACUGCGGCAGAUUAACGAGGCGACAUUUUUUUUGCUACUUAAUAGAAAUCCAUAUAUUUUUGCAUGAUGGAUUUUUGAUGUUUUACAUAUAGAAAUGUUCUAGAGUAAAACAGCUAGCGCGGUCCCAGUAAUCGACGUCUGCGGCCUCAUCUCAGACUUUGUAUGACUAAAAAGAGCAAAAUUGCUGAAAAUGUAUUUCCCUCUCUCUCUUCCCCCUAACAAUCCAUACAUGUGAGGCCUACUACUGAUAAGAGGCUGCGAACUGAAUAGUUGGUGUAUAAAUUGUGCUCAAAAAUCAAAGCCAAAAAAUUUAACAAAAUUGUAGGAUUGUAAAUGCUUGUAAAAAAUUUGUAAAUCCGCCACUGGUAUUUAGUAUAAUUAAAUUGCAAUUAUAAGUUACCUAAUUAAAUAGAAAUAAAACUUUAACAAGAGCUAUAUGCCAAAGGUAUGUAGCACUAUAUACAAUCGAAUAUAGACGACUAUAGCUAUGUUCAUAUAUUACGUAUCACUCUUAUUACACAGUUCUUGGUAAAGUAAUCAUGUAUCUAUUUAUCUCAGCGUAACCUAUUAGAUAGAUAGAGACGAAAGAGUAAUGUUGUUAAAACGAAAAAGUAAAAGUUUUUUAUGCCGAUAUUAUCAUGAGAAUUCAAAGUAGUAACAAAAAAGAGUAUGUACUUAUGUACACGCGUUAGAAGUUAUAUUUCUUUGGCGUAUGGAGAAAAUUACUAAAAUGCAGUAGUGAUUGACGAUAAGUAUUAAAAGUAAUCAAAAAUAUUUUAUGUAA